AUGGCUUCUAUACCUUCUACCUCCACACCAAGCCCUCUGCUCUCCCUCCCAGCAGAACUGCGCCUCCAAAUCUACAAAUACGUUUUUGAUAUCCACUCUCCUUGUCAGAACACCACCCAUCUACUAUCCCAAUACUGCGGACACAACACCUGGAAAUCUGCACCAAUCUCCCAUACCUGCUCUCUCAUCCGCAACGAAACCUUGCCUCUGUACUUCAGCACCGGCACCUUCAUCUACGAUUUACGGUCUCCACUAGACGAUGGAGUAAAAUGUCUCGUCAAGGUUUUGCAAUGGCUUCGAGACAAUCAAGUCUUGAUACGACAAUUGAGAUUCAAGCAUUGCAAUAAAGGCAUUCUCUCCCUGCACGAGUUACGCAAAUGGGUAGAGUGUUUUGUCGAAUACGAUGAUGUGUUGCCUCGACACGAAAACAUCACUUUUUGCCAGCAAGGACUCCAGUACAGAAAGUUUGCUGUGCAAGCUGCUUGUGUGUUGAAAGCCUUGAUUGGCUUCUCGGCUUCUGUCAACAAGAACAUCAUCGGCAGUGGCGAAGACAAAGAACUAGAAGACUGGAUAGAGAGAUUCUUGGAAAAGACGAACGAGGGAAAAACUGUACUUGGAGGUGUCAAGGUUGCGGAAGAGUUUGUUAGGGGGUUUGGGGCUGCUGCUGGUGGUGAGGUGCAAGGGUUUAAUGUUUUGAGGUGGGCGUUGAUGAGUGGAGGUAUGAUUGAGGGAUUGAAACAUGCUGGGUAUACAUGA